UACCUCCGAGUACUUCUACGACGAAGCGAUUUGCCAGUCAGUCAUUAACCAAUUGUCAACGUGUGAAAGUCUUUAUAGUUGGAUGUGCCUCUAGUUUUGAGUUUAUUCAAGGAGUGAAUUUUCACUCAUCCAUUUUUUUUUUGAAUAAAUAAGCUUCUGUUUUUCGAACAAUCCACAUAAGGUACCAAGAUGGGUUCGCUGUUCCGCAGCGAGGAGAUGACCUUGUGUCAGCUCUUUCUCCAAAGCGAAGCUGCCUACGCAUGCGUGUCGGAAUUGGGAGAGCUGGGUCUGGUUCAAUUCCGUGAUCUCAACCCGGAUGUGAAUGCCUUCCAGCGCAAAUUUGUGAACGAAGUUCGCCGCUGCGAUGAGAUGGAACGCAAGCUACGCUACCUGGAAAAGGAGAUCAAGAAGGACGGUAUCCCCAUGUUGGAUACCGGCGAGAGCCCGGAAGCUCCCCAGCCGAGGGAGAUGAUCGACCUGGAGGCCACCUUCGAGAAGCUGGAAAAUGAACUGCGGGAGGUCAACCAGAACGCUGAAGCUCUGAAGCGCAACUUUCUAGAGUUGACUGAGCUGAAGCAUAUUUUGCGCAAGACUCAAGUCUUCUUCGACGAGGCAGCGCCCGCAAUCGGUGUACCUAAUAAGUCACGAAACCGCUAUCAACAGAUGGCGGAUUCGCACAGGGAAGAGGAACAGGUUAAUCUACUCGGUGAGGAGGGCAUUCGAGCUGGUGGUGCCGGGGCACAGGGACAAAACCUAAAACUAGGCUUUGUCGCUGGAGUUAUCCUACGCGAGCGUCUGCCAGCUUUCGAACGGAUGCUGUGGCGUGCAUGUCGUGGUAACGUGUUUCUUCGCCAAGCCAUGAUCGAAUCACCCUUGGAGGAUCCGUCCAAUGGUGACAAGGUCUACAAGUCGGUGUUCAUCAUUUUCUUCCAAGGUGACCAGCUGAAGACACGGGUUAAAAAGAUUUGCGAAGGGUUCCGUGCCACUCUAUACCCUUGCCCGGAAGCCCCAACUGAUCGGCGCGAAAUGGCGAUGGGCGUUAUGACCCGCAUUGAGGAUUUGAACACCGUUCUGGGGCAGACACAGGACCAUCGCCACCGUGUGCUGGUUGCAGCUGCUAAAAAUCUUAAGAACUGGUUCGUGAAGGUUCGCAAGAUCAAGGCUAUCUAUCAUACGUUGAAUUUGUUCAAUCUGGACGUGACUCAAAAAUGUUUAAUUGCGGAAUGCUGGGUUCCGCUAUUGGACAUGGAAACGAUACAGAUCGCAUUACGCCGCGGAACGGAACGCUCCGGAUCGUCGGUUCCACCGAUUUUGAACCGCAUGGAAACGUUUGAGGAUCCCCCAACGUAUAAUCGAACGAACAAAUUUACGAAUGCGUUUCAGGCGUUGAUCAAUGCUUACGGUGUUGCCAGCUAUCGUGAAAUGAAUCCGGCGCCGUACACUAUAAUAACGUUUCCGUUCUUGUUUGCGGUGAUGUUUGGUGAUUUGGGACACGGUGCGAUUAUGGCUCUCUUCGGUUUGUGGAUGGUUCUAAAGGAAAAACCGCUAGCUGCUAAGAAAACCGACAAUGAAAUUUGGAAUAUUUUCUUCGGUGGACGUUACAUUAUAUUCUUGAUGGGUGUAUUUUCCAUGUACACAGGUUUCGUGUAUAAUGAUAUAUUUUCCAAAUCAUUGAACGUUUUCGGAUCUUCGUGGAGCAUUAAUUAUAACACUUCUACCGUAAUGACUAACAAAGCUCUGCAGCUGAAUCCUGGCAGUAAUGAUUAUUCCGGCACUCCUUACCCAAUCGGUGUGGAUCCUGUUUGGCAAGUUUCGGAUAACAAGAUUAUUUUCCUGAAUGCUUAUAAGAUGAAAAUUUCUAUCAUUUUCGGCGUUAUCCACAUGUUGUUUGGUGUGUUUGUCGGUCUGUUCAAUCAUCGAUACUUCAAAAACAAGAUGGCCAUCUAUUGUGAAUUUAUUCCGCAAGUUAUCUUUCUGGUCUUCCUGUUUUUCUACAUGACACUGUUAAUGUUUAUCAAGUGGACCAAGUACUCUGCUGAUAACGAAAACAAGAAUUUAUCAGCUGGCUGCGCCCCGUCUAUUCUGAUUACAUUCAUCAACAUGGUUCUCUUCAAGCCACCACAGAAAGGUUUGUGUAACCCGUACAUGUUUGGCGGCCAGGCUGGAUUGCAAAAGUUUUUGGUAGUUAUUGCACUACUGUGUGUGCCGUGGAUGCUGUUGGCAAAACCGUUAAUGAUAAUGCGUAGCCGCAAACAGGCAGCUCAUCAACCAAUUGCGCCGUAUAGUAACGAAAAUGGGGACGCCGAUGGUGGGUUGAACCAACAUAAUAAUGUCCAGGCCGAUGGAACGCAACAAGCAGGAGGAGCUGCAGCUGGUGGUGGUGGCGGUGGCCAUGGACACGAAAAUGAAGAAAUGUCUGAAAUUUUUAUUCAUCAGGGCAUUCACACAAUUGAGUACGUUCUCGGUUCAGUCUCUCACACCGCUUCGUAUCUACGUUUGUGGGCUCUUUCGCUUGCUCAUGCUCAAUUGGCUGAAGUCUUAUGGAAUAUGGUCUUGAAGAAUGGACUGCAACAAGGCGGAUGGAUCGGUGGAAUUGCUCUCUGGAUUAUCUUUGCUGUCUGGGCAGUACUCACAGUCGGUAUUCUAGUACUUAUGGAAGGAUUAUCCGCUUUUCUACAUACUCUUCGUUUGCACUGGGUUGAAUUCCAAAGCAAAUUUUACGCCGGUCUUGGAUACGCUUUCCAACCAUUUUCGUUCGAGAUGAUUUUGGAAUCUAGCUCCAAUUCAUCCGAGGAUUAAAGUUCUUCGCCCAUUGUAAUUUAUCUUAAAACAUGGAUUUAUCCGUCAAAUUUAACUCGAAAUAUAUAUCAUAAAAAUAGUAGUAAAUAACAUCUGGGUAACGUGUUACCAUGUAUUACUCAUUUGUCUAAUGAUAACAACGCAAGUAAAGUAUCUGUGUAAAACAUGUUCACAAUUCAAAUUAUAAACUUUAUGAAGUCGCAACACAAUUAAUGCUAAACUGUUAAACCUUUGAACAAAAUAUGUGCAAGCAAUUGUCAUACUGAUUAUAUCAUCAAAUAAUAUUGUAGCAACUAAAUACAAGCAAAAUAUAUAAACUUUGUUGUAGUAUAGCUUAGAAGCAACCAUA